GACAUUCUUUGCAGCACCAGAGUUUUCCGUGUGUUGGUCUGUUAUGCAACCGUCUGGCAACUAAGCCAUGCUACGAGAUAUAACGAACAAGCUACCUUGACGUGAAUUCAUUUUUUGUGUUUAAAAUGUCAGACCAUUUGCUGCAGUGGUGCUUGGAGCAGUUACAGCGCAACUUUGAUUUGGAGGCAUCCGAAGACAUUGUCAAAUACAUUAUUUCCAUCGAAAAAGCUGAGGAGAUUGAGGAGUAUGUGGGCGACCUACUCCAGGGCACAGAUGGACGAAAAGGACAAUUCAUUCAAGAGUUCCUCUGCAGAUGGAAGAAGACUCAAAGACAGGCAGGAGAUACUUCUGGGCUUUUUCUGUUGAAAGAGUCAACAUCAACAGCAGACUCACAGGACAUAACCAAGGACUUCCAAAAGAAGUCUAAACGUAAGGGUCGGAACAAACAGGAGGUGUUGACUGUGAGUCAAACAGAACCCGAGCCAGAGGCAGUCAAAACCCCCAUUGAUGUGAUGAAGGUUCAAGAAAAUAGUGCUUAUUUAACAAAGAAGAAAAACAAGUUUACAAGCCUAUAUUGCAAAGAGGGACAGGACAAGCUGACGGUGAUUCUCCCUGGCCAACAUAGCUGUGAGUGCCUGGCUCAGAAGCACAGACUUAUCAACAACUGCAUCAGCUGUGGUCGCAUUGUAUGUGAGCAAGAGGGAUCUGGACCCUGCCUCUUUUGCAGUAAACUGGUUUGCACCAAAGAGGAGGAGGAGAUCCUACUACGUGACUCAAACAAAAGUCAGAAAUUAAGAAAGAAGCUUAUGGGAGAUUGUGGCGAAAGGGAUUACCCGGCACUUAAAGAAUCUAAGAUGAAGGCUGGCUUGGAGAAGGCUAUCCAGCACAAAGAAAAACUAUUAGAAUAUGACAGAAAUAGUGUGAAGAGAACUCAGGUAUUAGAUGACGAGUCAGACUACUUUGCCACUGAAUCCAACCAGUGGUUGUCUGCUACUGAGCGAGAUAAACUCAGAAAAAAGGAAGAGGAGCUGAGAGAGCUUCGUCAUGCAUCUCGUAAAGACCGAAAGAUCACCUUGGACUUUGCUGGCAGACAAGUGAUUGAGGAGAGAAGCAACCUGAACAAUUACUACAACGAAUUAGAUGAGACCCUCAAAGCAAUGAACUCUACUCUACAAUUCCCUGUGUAUUCUGAACGACAAGGUGGAAAACAGAACCUCAGAGAACUGCUCAACCCAAACAUAAAGCAAAGUGCACCAGAAUGGGUAGAUGUACUUAGCGAUGGGAACAACAGAAGGAACAUGCAGGAAGGACAGAGUUUGGCACAGGACAAAAAGGAAGAUCAACGGUCCCGUUUGCGGCUCCAAGACAAAGAAUUGCAAGAGAUGUCUGAUGGAGGCUGGUGUCUCAGCAUGCACCAACCAUGGGCAUCACUCCUUGUCAAAGGCAUCAAGAGAGUCGAAGGGCGGACUUGGUACACAGCCCACCGUGGCCGUCUUUGGAUUUCUGCUGCAGCCAAGAAGCCCACCCCUCAGGAGAUUGCUGAGGUGGAGGCCAUGUACCGCUGCAUCUACCAAAAAGAGCCCACGUUUCCUUCUGCCUACCCUACUGGCUGCCUGUUGGGCUGUGUCAAUGUCAGUGAUUGCCUUUCUCAGGAGGAGUUCAAAGAGCAGUUUCCGAGUGCAUGUGAGGAGUCUGCAUCGCCAUUUGUCUUUAUCUGCUCCAGUCCUCAGGAGCUCCUGGUAAAAUUCCCAAUGAAGGGGAAGCACAAAAUCUGGAAGCUGGAGAGUCACUACCACCAGGGUGCCAAGAAGGGGCUGGUCGCUUCCACCGCUGACUGACGUCUCAAGAAACAUACCAGUGGGCCUAAAUUGGAUAAUUCAGUGGUACCUUGGUUUUCAUUAUUAAGCUUCCAACAGUCAGACGAAAACUGAAAUGUAUGUUUUACCUUUAUUGAAGGGGAUGACGAGAGAGAAGGGGUAUCCACACAAACAACUUGUCAACAUGUUUUUUUGAUUAGCACCUUUACACUUUUUGCAACAUUAGCUUUUUCAUUUCUUCUUUCUUCAGGCACACGGACACCAUCUUUGUAUUUCCUUCUUGAAUUUAAAAGCAUUUCUCACCUUCUUGAUCACAUUGGUGGCACCAUAGGGAGUUAUUUAGCAGCAAUGCAUUGGGUGCUUUGUUUAGAAGACACAGAACACUGAACAGGCUAGUUUUCUACAUGCAAUAUAUGAGAAUUUAGGGGACAUUUGGGUGAACAUUGUCAUCAAAAAACAAAUUAUAUGAAACUGGAACAUUUAAAAACGGGUUUUGACUGUAAUAUGAUUUUAAAGCAGAAAAGCUAAUCUAUUAUGUUGAUCCAGCUCCUUAAAGAAAUUACCCCUCCUCAUAUCACAUAUAGCCUGUCAUUACCCUACGAACUACUAAGGCCACAUUUCGACCAACAGUGGUAGUGGAGUAAAAACAGUCUACUCAUUUAUUUCACUGAGACAAUUACUUGAGCACAGCAGGGGUUAUUAUAUGGAGGGCUUUGGCAAGAAGGGCAUGGUCAUCUGAAUGGCUUUUCUUUCUUUGCCACAGUGCAGCAAUGUUACAGCAAAACUGUUUCUUGCUACGAAGGCUUGCAUUGUAUGAGACAUCUUCAGAUCAUUUGGUUCUCUGAUAGUUAAAUCCUUGCUACUGAAGGGAAUCUUCCUUUACGAUUCCUAUGUGGGUGUCGAAUUGAGGAUAUGGGAAGACUAAAUAACCAAACCAGUAUUUAUUCCUGAUGCAAACAAGAUCUAAUACAGACGUCCGGGCUUAAUUGCAUUCCCUGUAUGCCAACAGUAAGUCGGGUCUAAGUUCAGCGCAGCUGCAAAAAGCACCCUUUCUUUCCCUGCCCUGCUUUUUAUACAUUUCAAGAUUGUGCAAGACGUGGACCAAUCAGCACGCAUUCACGGGCCUCAAAAAAGAAAGUGAUGGUCACAUUUUCUGAGCGUUGCAAAUACCAAAGCAAUGACAGGUUAUUAUGCUUUUAAAUGGCAAAUGGCAAACAGUUUGAGCAGGUGCGUGAAACAUUCUUGGCUCCUAUUGCCAAGAUGACAUUGCAGUUUGUUCAUUCUAGGCAUAGACAACAUUAUCACAUCACAUGUAGAUGGGUCUGGUGACUUAUAGAUUGCACUUUUGCAAUUCCUUUCUACUGUUAAUUGUUAUUAUGCAUUUACUCACUCGUGUUAGAAUGUGUACACUCUGUUUGAGUGAUAAAUGUUCAAUCUACAGUUGGUGUCUUGUAGAGGUGAGCGAUACAAUCCUGUACCAAGUAAAUACAGGGCCAUUAUCGCCUGCAUUUACUUGAACCUUUUUCAAGAGUAUUGGAUGAUAGAGGCAAACAAGCCAAAAUAUUUGUAUCAUCGCAUAUCUUUACACUUUUUGCAUAGAAUUUAACAAUGUUUAAUGCAACAAUUCCAUGGUUACAGCGUUCCAAGUUUUGUGGUUACAUACUGAAGGAUUUUCUGUGUGUUUGUCUCAUGUGUGUUUGUCUCCUAUUUUUUGUGUCUCACUCAUAUAACUAUGCACUACAUUUAAUCAAGUAGAACCAAGCAGCCUUGGGCAAAUCACAGGACACAUAAUCGCUUUCAGGCACAUACAGUUCCGAAACUCCCACACAUCCACAAUUUUGACUAACAACAGUUAACAGGAAAACAUGACGUCGGCAGCCGCGGCCUGUCGAUAACGGCUGGCUCCACCACUCCACCCCGCCCGCCCUGCGUUGGUGAGAAGACGUCAGCCGAGGAGAGGAGGGGAUCCACCUGUGAUGCGCCAGAGAUCUACCGACAUUUCUUUGCAUAAUAAAAGCCGGGCAGGGACAGUUAGCUGUACUCAUUUGUUCUGACCUGUAAAGUAAAGCCUACGUCUCUGCAGGUGUUAGGGGAAAGACUUAUGAGCCCGGAGCUUCGUGUAAUCUGACUGGUCUGA